AUGGAGUUACCAUCCGACCUGCAAUUCCACUGCUGGUUCUGCCCUGACUUUUGGUCCACCUUGGAAAAGUCAGGAGACACCUGGGAAAUGAAGGCAAUGACCUCCUCCAGCCUUAUUGUUCCAUGGCCACCAGAAACCCUGGCAUCCACCUAACAUCGCAACAAACCCUCACUGAGCCAGGGACUGAGCAUUUGGCCAGGAGCAGUUUGUCUCCCAGAUCUGACAUUCCACAGGGAUGUACACAAAAGAGAGGCCUAUCUAAGAUAUUUAAAACACCCAUCUUGGGACUUCCCUGAUAUUGGUGCUGAGCUCAGCAGCCCAAGGCACAGCCAUUCAGAUCAACUGUCAUUUACUGAAGGCUGCUAGGUCAGUUCCUUUUCCCCAGUAUAUUCCAACACACACACACACACACACACACACACACACACUCUGCUAUAA